GCCGCCCGCCGCCCGCAUGGCGCUCGGGGGCUUCUGCAGCGUCGACGGCUCCGAGCCCUUCUGGGACUGGAACGUCACGUGGAACACCAGCAACCCCGACUUCACCAAGUGCUUCCAGAACACGGCUCUGGCCUGGGCGCCCUGCCUCUACCUCUGGGCCUGCUUCCCCUGCUACUUCCUCUACCUGUCCCGCCACGACCGCGGCUACAUCCAGAUGACGCACCUCAACAAGGCCAAAACCGCCCUGGGGCUCCUUCUGUGGCUGGUGUGCUGGGCCGACCUCUUCUACGCCUUCUGGGAAAGAAGCGUGGGCAGGGCCCCGGCCCCUGUGCUCCUGGUCAGCCCGACCCUCCUGGGCAUCACCAUGCUGCUCGCCACCUUCCUGAUCCAGCUGGAGCGCGGGAAGGGCGUCCAGUCCUCCGGCGUCAUGCUCAUCUUCUGGCUGACCGCCCUGCUGUGUGCCGCGGCCACCCUGCGGUCCAGGAUCAUGGCCGCCUUCAAGGAGGACGCCCGCGUGGACGUGUUCCGGGAUGUCACCUUCUACCUCUACUUCUCCCUCGUGCUGGUCCAGCUGGCGCUGUCCUGCUUCUCGGACCGCGCGCCCCUGUUCUCUGAAACCAUCAACGACCCGAACCCAUGCCCGGAGUCCGGAGCCUCCUUCCUCUCCAGGAUCACCUUCUGGUGGAUCACAGGGUUGAUGAUUCGGGGCUAUCGGCACCCGCUGGAGAGCACUGACCUCUGGUCCCUGAACAAGGAUGACACGUCAGAGCAGGUGGUGCCCGAGCUGGUGCAGAACUGGAAGAAGGAAUGCGCCAAGGCCCGGAAGCAGCCUGUGAAGGUCGUCUACUCCUCCAAGGAGCCCCCCAAGGCCAAGGGCGGCUCCAGGCUGGCUGUGAACGAGGAGGCCGAGGCCCUGAUCGUCAAGUCCCCGCACCGGGAGCGGGGCCCCUCGCUGUUCAAGGUGUUGUACAAGACCUUCGGGCCCUACUUCCUCAUGAGCUUCCUCUUCAAGGCCGUGCACGACCUCAUGAUGUUUGCGGGCCCCGAGAUCCUGAAGAGGCUCAUCAGCUUCGUGAAGGAGCAGGAGGCCCCCGACUGGCAGGGCUACUUCUACACGGCGCUGCUGUUCCUCAGCGCCUGCCUGCAGACCCUCGUGCUGCACCAGUACUUCCACAUCUGCUUCGUCAGCGGCAUGAGGAUCAAGACGGCCGUCAUCGGCGCCGUCUACCGCAAGGCCCUGGUGAUCACCAACGCGGCCAGGAAGUCCUCGACGGUCGGGGAGAUCGUCAACCUCAUGUCGGUGGACGCCCAGAGGUUCAUGGACCUGGCCACGUACAUUAACAUGAUCUGGUCGGCCCCUCUGCAAGUCAUCCUUGCUCUCUACCUGCUGUGGCUGAACCUGGGCCCCUCUGUGCUGGCCGGCGUCGUGGUGAUGGUCCUCAUGGUUCCCCUCAACGCCGUGAUGGCCAUGAAGACCAAGACCUACCAGGUGGCCCACAUGAAGAGCAAAGACAGCCGCAUCAAGCUUAUGAACGAGAUCCUCGGCGGGGUCAAGGUGCUGAAGCUGUACGCCUGGGAGCUGGCCUUCAAGGACAAGGUGCUGGCCAUCCGCCAGGAGGAGCUGAAGGUGCUCAGGAAGUCGGCCUACCUGGCGGCCGUGGGCACCUUCACCUGGGUCUGCACGCCCUUCCUGGUGGCGCUGUCCACGUUCGCCGUCUACGUGACCGUCAACGAGAACAACGUCCUGGACGCGCAGAAAGCCUUCGUGUCCCUCGCCCUGUUCAACAUCCUCCGCUUCCCCCUCAACAUCCUGCCCAUGGUCAUCAGCAGCAUGGUGCAGGCGAGCGUCUCCCUGAAGCGCCUCCGCGUCUUCCUGUCCCACGAGGAGCUGGAGCCCGACAGCAUCGAGCGGCGCUCCAUCAAGGACGGUGGCGUCACGAACAGCAUCACCGUGAAGAACGCCACGUUCACCUGGGCCCGGAGUGACCCGCCCACGCUGCACAGCAUCAGCUUCUCCGUGCCCGAGGGCACCCUGGUGGCCGUGGUGGGCCAGGUGGGCUGCGGGAAGUCGUCUCUGCUGUCCGCGCUCCUGGCCGAGAUGGACAAGGUGGAGGGACACGUGGCCGUGAAGGGCUCCGUGGCCUACGUCCCGCAGCAGGCCUGGAUCCAGAACGGCUCCCUGCGGGAGAACAUCCUCUUCGGGCGCCCGUUCCUGGAGCGCCACUACCAGGCCGUUGUGGCCGCCUGCGCCCUCCUGCCCGACCUGGAAAUGCUGCCCAGUGCGGACCGGACGGAAAUCGGGGAGAAGGGUGUGAACCUUUCCGGGGGGCAGAAGCAGCGCGUGAGCCUGGCCCGGGCCGUCUACUGUGACUCGGACAUCUACCUCUUCGACGACCCCCUGUCGGCGGUGGACUCGCACGUGGGCAAGCACAUCUUCGAGAACGUCAUUGGCCCCAAGGGGAUGCUGAAGCACAAGACGCGCCUCCUGGUCACGCAUGGCAUCAGCUACCUGCCGCAGGCCGACGUCAUUGUUGUCAUGAGCGGCGGCAAGAUCUCGGAGCUGGGCUCCUACCAGGAGCUGCUGGCCCGGGAGGGCGCCUUCGCCGAGUUCCUGCGUACCUACGCCAGCGCCGAGCAGGAGCAGAGCCAGCCGGAGGACGGGCCAGCGGCCACCGGUGUCCCGGGCAAGGAGACCCGACAGAUGGAGAACGGCGUGCUGGUGCCCGAGGCGGCAGGGAAGCAGCUGCAGAGGCAGCUCAGCAGCUCCUCCUCCUACAGCGGGGACGCCAGCCGGCACCACGCCAGCUCGGCCGAGCUGCAGAAGGCCGGGGCCGCCAAGGAGGAGUCGUGGAAGCUGAUGGAGGCGGACAAGGCCCAGACCGGGCAGGUCAAGCUGUCCGUGUACUGGGACUACAUGAAGGCCAUCGGGCUCUUCAUCUCCUUCCUCAGCAUCUUCCUCUUCCUCUGCAACCACGUGGCCGCGCUGGCCUCCAACUACUGGCUCAGCCUCUGGACGGACGACCCCAUCGUCAACGGCACCCAGCAGCACACGCACCUGCGCCUCAGCGUGUACGGCGCCCUGGGCAUCUCGCAAGGCGUCGCUGUGUUCGGCUACUCCAUGGCCGUGUCCAUCGGCGGCAUCUUCGCGUCCCGGCGCCUGCACCUGGACCUUCUCAGCAACGUCCUCCGGUCGCCCAUGAGCUUCUUCGAGCGGACGCCCAGCGGGAACCUGGUCAACCGCUUCUCCAAGGAGAUGGACACGGUGGACUCGAUGAUCCCGCAGGUCAUCAAGAUGUUCAUGGGCUCCCUGUUCAACGUCAUCGGCGCCUGCAUCAUCAUCCUGCUGGCCACGCCCAUCGCCGCCGUGGCCAUCCCGCCCCUUGGCCUCGCCUACUUCUUCGUGCAGAGGUUCUACGUGGCGUCCUCUCGGCAGCUGAAGCGCCUGGAGUCCGUCAGCCGCUCGCCCGUGUACUCGCACUUCAACGAGACCCUGCUGGGCGUCAGCGUCAUCCGCGCCUUCGCCGAGCAGGAGCGCUUCAUCCGCCAGAGUGACCUCAAGGUGGACGAGAACCAGAAGGCCUACUUCCCCGGCAUCGUGGCCAACAGGUGGCUGGCGGUGCGGCUGGAGUGCGUGGGCAACUGCAUCGUGCUCUUCGCGUCCCUGUUUGCGGUGGUGUCGCGGCACAGCCUGAGCCCGGGCCUGGUGGGCCUGUCCGUGUCCUACUCCCUGCAGAUCACCUCAUACCUGAACUGGCUCGUCCGGAUGUCUUCGGAGAUGGAGACCAACAUAGUGGCCGUGGAGAGACUCAAGGAGUAUUCGGAGACCGAGAAGGAGGCUCCGUGGCGCAUCGAGGAGACGGCCCCGCCCAGCACCUGGCCCCAGACCGGCCGCGUGGAGUUCCGGAACUUCGGCCUGAGGUACCGGGACGACCUGGACCUGGUUCUCAAGAACAUCAACGUCACCAUCGAGGGUGGGGAGAAGGUGGGCAUCGUGGGACGCACGGGCGCCGGGAAGUCCUCCUUGACCCUGGGCUUGUUCCGCAUCAACGAGUCGGCCCAAGGGGAGAUCGUCAUCGAUGGUGUCAACAUCGCCAAGAUCGGCCUCCACGACCUGCGCUUCAAGGUCACCAUCAUCCCGCAGGACCCCGUCUUGUUCUCCGGCUCCCUGCGCAUGAACCUCGACCCGUUCGGCCAGUACUCGGACGAGGAGGUGUGGAGCUCGCUGGAGCUGGCUCACCUGAAGGGCUUCGUGUCGGCCCUUCCUGACAAGCUGAACCACGAGUGCGCGGAAGGCGGGGAGAACCUCAGCGUUGGGCAGCGCCAGCUCGUGUGCCUGGCCCGGGCCUUGCUGCGGAAGACGAAGAUCCUGGUGCUGGACGAGGCCACGGCCGCCGUGGACCUGGAGACCGACGACCUCAUCCAGUCCACCAUCCGGACGCAGUUCGACGACUGCACCGUCCUCACCAUCGCCCACCGGCUCAACACCAUUCUGGACUACACGAGGGUGAUCGUCCUGGACCGGGGGGAGAUCGUGGAGUGCGACACCCCCGCAGAGCUCCUGAGGCAGCGCGGGCAGUUCUUCAGCAUGGCCAGGGACGCGGGCCUGGUGUGAGCAGCCUGUCCGGCCUCCAGCACUGAAACCAAAAGG